AACCUGAAUCUCGCAUUUUCGGCGAAUCCCUCCAAUCCGAUAGCCAGGAAUUACCGGUUCAGAAUUCUGCCCGACUCGAGAAUAUUCCGAAUUCAAGCUGAAGCAACCACCAAAACGACGUCAUCGACAUCGCAUCGAAGCCAUUGAAGCCAUCAGGUCCAGAUCACUCAACAACGACACCGAAAACCUCGUGCUUUUUGCCCUCGUGGCACGGGUCCCCCCUUCGACUGCCUGCCGCGUACUCGAUUAACUCUACGCUCGCCAAUGGAAAAUCCAGGUCUUCCUGAAGAGACGGCUCGCAAUGCAACCCCGGUCGCGGAGCAGGAAAAAAGACCUACACGAUCUCUGAAGGAGAGUGUCCACCACUUCUUGACACGGAACAUCUGGUCUGAGAAGGAUGGGCGGAAUCGCGACCACAUCCCGCCCAUGCCUGUCUGGGCUGGAGGCCUGCGUGUCGCCCAACUUGUCCUUGCGACCGCUACUCUGGCCCUGACUGCGUACGGUAUUGCGACAAUCCAACAAGCCUCGGGAUAUCGAAGAAUCACGAACUGGAGCGGGACUGAGGGAUACCCAUAUUCCUGGUUUCUCUUUUCUUGGACCUGCGUCUACCUGGCGUGGUUAGGUCUUGCUGUUACCCUGCUCCCUAUCAUGUACAACUGCUGGGUUCAUUUGGGUAUCGAGAUCCUGACUCUCCUCCUUUGGCUCAUUGCCAUGGCCCUCCUCGCGAGUCACAGUGACGAACUCGAUUCGAUCGACGCCUUUGUGGGCGGACUCGGACCCGCAUUCGAGGCAUACUACAAGGAUUUCAUUGAGGUUUACGCUCGGGGCUUCGUCGUAGCCACUUAUGCCGCCACGGCUGUUGCUGUGUUCAACCUAGUGCUCUUUGUUAUCACCCUCGUCUUUUUCGGCCGGGCUCUCCAUGCCCAUCGCAUGUCAGGAAUGGCGACGACGAGACCAAGGCGCCUGCAGGGACUCUCCGACCCCGAUCAGAUUGUCGCCUCUCCCUGCACAUUUGGAGCCGAAGUUCCGCAUCCGUCACGGAUGGCUUAUUUCCCGCCAAAUCAGUCAGACCAACCGUAUAGCGGACAGCCUCCUCCUGGACCGUCGUACGACACGAAUGUUGGCUCGCAACCAGCGUCAUGGAUGUCCUCUCAUCCUAUGCCAUACCCGCAUCACCAGCCUCAGAAUCGUUUGCCAUCGACCCCUUCGCAACCAGGAGCAGCCCAUGCCGACUCUGGAAGCUAUGUCCCAUCAGGUCCGUCCUCUUUUGGGGCGCCGGGCUCUGUCUGGCCUCAACACAGCUACGCCAUGUACGAGCAACAGGUGCAUAUUGCACCCCAGCAUACAGGCCCAUCUCAACGUGGCCCAGGGUCUCCUCCCCCAUAUCCCAUGGUGGUACCUGUCGGCGGUACAAAGUCGGAUCUUCGCGGCGUGCGUGAGACGCCCCCACCACCCCCAAACCGGACGGCGAGCUCGGUUGCAAGAACCUAUUCUGGCCAACCAGCAGAGCUUCAUAACGAGGACGUGGGGGGUAGGAACAUGCCUGCCGAGCUCCCUCACGAUCCACUGCCACGCCGUCCGGCAGCACCAGACCCGUAGUAGCAUAACGGGUGCCGGUGGGCGGUUCACGGGCCAAGAGUGAGGGGGGAGUGAAAAGGCUUUCGGAAAUGGCGUUGGUGGCAAUUAUAAGGGCGAUUCUAACGGUCCUAAGCGGCGUUUACGGAACACGGGAAACACGGCAUGCGUUAUGGAGACGGUACUUUUCGGCAACGGGGACCGUUCAGAGGACACGGCAUAAGGAACGGACAUGGCGUACAC